AUGACGGUGCCUUUGAACCACUCCAUGAUGUCGACUCGUCUACGCCACUCAAUGGAGAUAAAGGGUCGUUUUCUGGCGCGUUCUCGCCUCGCCCACGCUGCAGACGCGGGGAUGAACGAGUGGGAGGCGACAUGCUCGAACCCCUCGACAAACGUGACGAGGCUACACUGCUGACUUCCUGCGUACCUCCUCCACGUGCACGCGAGGUAGGGACCACGUCUACGACCAAGCUGGAGCUGCUGCCGGAGUCGCUCUCCUCUCCGGUCGCACUGCUGUCCAUGCAACCACUCAGGGACGCCCCCUCCUCCUUCUCCUCCUACCCACUCACAGACGGCCAGGCUCUUGCCGCCUGGGGUCCUGCCGCCUCGCGCUGAGUCGCGAUCCUCUCUCCUCUUCCAGAUGCCCUCCUACAUCGAUCAAACAUGAUCCAGUUCAAAAUAAAACGCGAGCUGCUCUUCCGCCGCACGCGGGCACCAAGAACCUUCUCGCGCGCCCGAAUACCGACCCAACAACUGCACACACGUUGCUGUGGAAGAAACCCCAGUCUCCGCUGCUCAGCCUUCUGCGCAGGGAGCACUUGAUUGCGUGUGCUCGUACGUGCCGCUUCGUCCCGUCCUCGACGGAAAAAGUUGCCGGCGUAUUUCUUCCGGGCAAAAAAAACUGAAAAUCCUCAAAAAAUAACACGGUGGAUUUUUGCGUCGGGACCCGGCCCAGACGGAAAAAAAUCGCCCAACCGGCGAAAAUCGGCCCAAACGGAAAAAAAUUGGCGGACGGGGAAACCCGGGAGUGUCGAUGUUUACGCUGCUGUGCCUAACACAGAUGGUCUGGAUAGAUCCGGGUGAUUGUCAAUUGCAUUGAUGGCUUUGGUUGAGUUUAUUUCUUCACUGUAUGUCCACGGACUCAUUCUGGCAGCACUUCAGACAGCAGCUGCAUGCCCCGAGCUUGUGUACCAUGCACCAUGGUGUUAUUAUUGUACAGACAGCAGUACGCUGUAGUCGACAAACAUUCAUUUUGGUUACAUGCGGGACAAGGGGGGUGAUGCUGCUGCUGUAGUCGAUUUGUAGUGUGUGGGCGUGUAGUUCAGUUAGUUGUGAGCAUGCAAACGUGCUGCAGGGAUUGCAGGUGUACCUCCUCGGGCUUGCGUACCCUUUCCUUGCUAAUGGUGUGUGUGUGUUCUUUGGAUCUUCUGAUGGCUCUAGCAUUUUUUUGACCACGGACCGAGUCUUUGCUAGGUUUUGGGACUAGCAACUGACACGAGUUUAAUGUGAACAAAAACAACA